CGCUUGACUCAGUGGUCGUUUCGUUCAAAAUAUAUUGAAAUGAUUUUGUACACGCUUGUUUUUGUGGCAUUUUUAAAUGGAUGUCAUGGUGGCGGUGGCGGUGGCGGUGGUUGCUUUUCUACGGCAAGCACGAGUGGCGAUUUUAAUAUUGAUGAAUUCGAAUAUCAAGGAGAUUCAAUUAUAUUUGCGUGCAUAAUAGCUGAUUCCCAACCUGAAUUUCACAUGACUGAAGUAAACGGAAGCAUUCCUUCAGCCUUAGUUGAUCGACUAGAUAAUGGAAGAGAUCUAUCGUUGUUUUUUCAUGACGUUAAGAAUGUGGUAGAUUCAUCAUGCGUUUUACUUCGUUCAUUUGCUAACGAAUGGUCCAGAAGAUCCAACAACAAUAUUUGCAUUAUUUCGUAUGCCUACACAACAAGUACAUCUAAAGUGUUAAAAAUGUAUCCUAUUGUAAAUCAAAUGGUAAAAACUGGGCGACUUGAAUAUGUGGCGAAGAUGACACGGGAUUUGGUGUUUAAUGUACGUGGAAAAUGUUUAGAAACGCCGGAAAGACGAUGUCUCAAAAAUCUAUCACAGGUUGAUAUCAGUGGUUUUAGUUUUGGUGCGCAUAUCGCUGGAAAAACUUGUCAAUACCUGUUCACGAGAACGGGCGAGAGGGUCCGAAUGCUGUUAGCUUUAGAUCCGAUAAAAACGCCCCUCUUCGGAGCAAAAAUAAAAGAUUCCAUUAUGAAAGGUAUUGCUGAUUAUGUUCAAGUAGUUCACACCUCCAAAAAUGUGGGGAUAUGGGACCAAAUUGGAGAUGUGGAUAUCUAUGUAAAAUAUGAGAAACAGAAAAAUUUGACUUCCUUAAAUGAUGAACAUGGACUCGCAUUUUUCAUACAUGUUGGAAUAUCAACUAAGCGACUUAACAUGUGGGCGUCUCAAAGUGAAAAUGGAAAGGGUGAUAUGUGGCGAUAUGUUGGUAGGACAUUGUCGGAUAAUGAAUGCAGAAUCGGUGUAUAUGCUGCUCUGAACCCGAUUCACAGGGGAAAUAAAUUUGGUCUUUCUUUGAAGAGACGUGGUAAAGAGUUCUGGGAGGGACUUGGAAAAUAUGCUGAUGAUGAAAUCCUUUUGGGGACUCAAGAUGUUGAAAAAGAAGAGAAUAUAUCGAACGACCCAGAUAGCAAUAUAUGCAUAUUAUGCUGCGAAAAUCAGAAAGAUACCAUUUUAUACCCGUGUAAACAUAAGCACACUUGUAUUGCUUGUUGGAAAAAGUGGAAAGCUGAAAGGAGAUUAAACGCAACAUGUCCAUUUUGUACACGCAAAGUUACUGAAGUGGAAGUCAUAAACUAAGUUUUUGGUACGUUUGCACUUUGAACACCAUUUCGCUUCGAAUUGUUCAUAUUUCUGAAUUGAUUAUUUAAAAUGGAAAUUUUCCGAUUAAAAUAAAGUCCAUUUUUAUGAUAAUGAAUAACAUA